UCCGGGGUGAAACAACCUUCAGCUCGUACUUGACAGGCAGCACAAAGCUAAGAUGGCGGCUGCCGUAGUCCGGAGUCUGGGAUCUACUUUGGGUAAAAACCUCCGGGAGAUUCGCGUCCACCUCUGCCAAACCUCCGCGGCUAGCAAGGGGACCAGGGACUUUGUGGAGCAGCACUAUGUGGCUCUGAAGAAAUCCAAUCCAGACUUCCCAAUCCUGAUCAGAGAAUGUUCUGGAGUCCAGGCCCGACUCUGGGCCAGAUAUGAUUUUGGUAAAGAGAGCAGUGUCUCAGUGGAAAACAUGUCAGCUGAUCAGGUGGCCAAAGCACUGCAGACUCUGGUUCAGUCCAAACCCUGAUCUCCCCCCACCUGCUGGAAGAGGUCCACUCCACCUGCUUCAUUUAUUCAAUUUGUGUGUAAAUGUGUUUAUGAAUAAACUUGAGUACUAUUAA